AUGCGCACUCUCACGCGCGCUCACGCGCGCUCUCACGCGCAAUCUCAUGCGCACUCUCGCAAUCACUCUUACGCGCACUCUCACGCGCUCUCUCACACGCUCCCCACGCGUCUCUCACGAGCUCUCUCACACGCUGUCUCACGCGCUCUCACGCGCACUCUAACGCGCUCUCUCACGCGCACUCUAACGCGCUCUCUCACGCGCGCUUUCAUAAGCUCUCUCACACCCACUCACGCACUCUCUCACGCGCACUCUAACGCGCUCUCUCAUGCGCUCUCUCACGCGCUCCCUCAUGCGCUCUCUCACGCGCUCUCUUACACACUCUCUCACGUGCGCACUCUUACACGCUCUCUCACACGCACUCUCACGCGCACACUCACGCGCACUAUCACACGCUCUCUCACGCGCUCACUCACGCGCGCUCUCACGCGCACACUCACGCGCUCUCUCACGCGCACUCUACGCGUGCACUCUCACAUGCGCACUCUCACACGCACUCUCACGCGCACUCUCACGCGCUCCCUCACCUGCCCUCUCACGCGGCCUCUCACAUGCUCUCUCACGCGCACACGCACUCUCACGCGCACACUCACGCGCACUAUCACACGCUCUCUCACACGCUCACUCACGCGCGCUCUCACGCGCACUCUCAUGCGCACUCUCACGCGCGCUCACGCGCGCUCUCACGCGCAAUCUCACGCGCACUCUCGCAAUCACUCUUACGCGCACUCUCACGCGCUCUCUCACACGCUCCCCACGCGUCUCUCACGAGCUCUCUCACACGCUGUCUCACGCGCUCUCACGCGCACUCUAACGCGCUCUCUCACGCGCACUCUAACGCGCUCUCUCACGCGCGCUUUCAUAAGCUCUCUCACACCCACUCACGCACUCUCUCACGCGCACUCUAACGCGCUCUCUCAUGCGCUCUCUCACGCGCUCCCUCAUGCGCUCUCUCACGCGCUCUCUUACACACUCUCUCACGUGCGCACUCUUACACGCUCUCUCACACGCACUCUCACGCGCACACUCACGCGCACUAUCACACGCUCUCUCACGCGCUCACUCACGCGCGCUCUCACGCGCACACUCACGCGCCCUCUCACGCGCACUCUACGCGUGCACUCUCACAUGCGCACUCUCACACGCACUCUCACGCGCACUCUCACGCGCUCCCUCACCUGCCCUCUCACGCGGCCUCUCACACGCUCUCUCACGCGCACACGCACUCUCACGCGCACACUCACGCGCACUAUCACACGCUCUCUCACGCGCUCACUCACGCGCGCUCUUACGCGCACACUCACGCGCUCUCUCACGCGCACUCUACGCGUGCACUCUCACAUGCGCACUCUCACACGCACUCUCACGCGCACUCUCACGCGCUCCCUCACCUGCCCUCUCACGCGGCCUCUCACACGCUCUCUCACGCGCACACGCACUCUCACGCGCUCUCUCACGCGCACUCACGCGCUCUCUCACACUCUCUACACGUGCGCACUCUUACACGCUCGCUCACACGCACUCUCACGCACACAUUCACGCGCACUCUCAUGCGCUCUCUCACGCGCUCACUCACGCGCGCUCUCACCGCACUCUCACACGCACUCUCACGCGCACCCUCACGCGCUCUCUCACGUGCGCACUCUCACGCGCACUCUCACGCGCACUUUCAUGCGCUCUCUCACAUGCCCUCUCACGCGGCCUCUCACACGCACUCUCACACGCACCCUCACACACAAUCUCACGCCCUCUCCCACGCGCUCUUUCACGCGCACUCUCACGCGCACUCUCACGCACGCGCUCCCUCACACUCUCCCUCACACGUCUCUCACGCGCUCUCUCAUACGCUCUCUCACGUGCUCUCACGUGCUCUCACGUGCUCUCACGUGCUCUCAUGAGCACUCUCACGCGCUCUCUCAUGCGCUACGCGCUCUCUCACGUGCUCUCUCACCUGCCCUCUCACGUGGCCUCUUACGUGGCCUCUCGCGCACUCUCACGCGCUCUCUCACGCGCUCUCUCACGCGCACACGCACUCUCACGCGCUCUCUCACGCGCUCUCUCACGCGCACACGCACUCUCACGCGCUCUCUCACGCGCUCUCUCACGCACACUCUCACGCGCUCUCUCACGCGCUCUCUCACGCGCACUCUCACGCGCACUCUCACGCGCUCUCUCACGUGCACACGCACUCUCACGCGCACUCUCACGCGCUCUCUCACGUGCUCUAUCACGCGCUCUCUCACGCGCUCUCUCACGCGCACUCUCACGCGCACUCUCACGCGCUCUCUCACCAAACAAUCCGCGCUGGCGCACCAACCCGCGCUCGCGCACCAACCCGCGCUCGCGCACCAACCAGCGCUCGCGCUCCAAUUCGCACUUGCGCUCCGGGCACCUGUCGCCGGAGGCGACAGCGGGGAGGAGGGAGAGGCGACGGCGGGGAGGAGGGAGAGGCGACGGAGGGUAGGAGGGAGAGGCGUCGGCGGGGAGGAGGGAGAGGCGACGGCGGGGAGGAGGGAGACGCGGCGGCAGGGAGGAGGGAGAGGCGACGGCGGGGAGGAGGGAGAGGCGACGGCGGGGAGGAGGGAGAGGCGACGGCGGGGAGGAGGGAGAGGCGACAACGGGGAGGAGGGAGAGGCGACGGCGGGGAGGAGGGAGAGGCGACGGCGGGGAGGAGGGAGAGGCGACGGCGGGAAGGAGGGAGAUGCGACGGCGGGGAGGAGGGAGAGGGGAUGGCGGGGAGGCUCCAGGGGGCCACCUGGCCAGCUCUGGAGGCGAGCGGGAAGAGCAGGAGCUCAGGAGGAGGAGAGCAGUGGAGAUGACGACGAGCCACGGAGGAGAGAGCGGAAAUCACUGCAGGGGCCACCCCACACUCGUAGAAAAUGUGGGAAAUAG